AUGUUAUUGAAUAUCAACGUUAACGUACACUUCCAGAUCCGAGCAGCACCCUGCCGAAAUGUCGUUCUUUACGGGCUCGAAGCAACGGGUAAAAGUUCUAUCAGUAAAGCCCUUCUUGGCCAGCUCUCUCCGGCCGACGAAACCACUAGUGAUAGCGAAGAUCAGCUACGACAUGCUAUUAUAAACAGCACAGAAUGUGUCUCUGGGAGGCACCUGUUGGAGAAGACUGUGGCAGAAGUAGCCAAUAUUGUGGGAUGGCAGGGGAAAAUAGGGCGAUGUGAAAACUUGGCCCAAUUAGUCGUUGAACUUGGGAAGAUGCUCGAUAGAUGGACAACCUUAGAUGACCACGAUACCGGGGGGAAGAGAUUGGCUCUGGUGUUUGAUGGCAUUGAUCGCCAGAGAGAGGCUCCGCCGACCUUAUUACCGGCCCUCGCAAGACUGGGCGAAAUAAUUCCCAAUAUCACAGUAAUAUAUAUCGUCACCUCACCUCGUCCAAACUUCCUCCACCUUCCCGGGGUCCCACACAUCCACUUUCCAGCGUACACAAAACCAGAACUUCUUCAAAUCAUAUCUCUCACAGAACCAACACCACAGCUGCCCACGGGAAAGCACGACACGAAAGAAGUGUGGUCCCGCUUCAGCACCGCGGUCUACGAAUCCCUAAGCAAGCACUCCGACCGCGACAUUAUAUCUUUUCGAAGGGUGUGCUCACGACUCUGGCCUCGCUUUAUCCAGCCCAUCCUGGAUGGGUCGCUGUCUCCAACGCCCUUUAGCCGGCUCCUCGUUGCAAACCGAUCUUUAUUCCAGAACGAUGCCGUUCUCGUCCCGAGCAUUAUUUCAUCCCUACCCACCCCUAGCACGAAAUCUAAUAUCCAAACCCAAAUACAAUCACAAGCCCAAACUCAGGGCCUCACAGCCCAACUUCCUCAUACCUCCCGCCUACUCCUGCUGGCCGCCUACCUAGCCUCCUUCAAUCCACCCCGCACUGAUAUAAUACAUUUCAUGAAAUCCGCUACCCUUCGCCGAAAAAAGAAAGGCGGCGGGACAGCUCUGACCUCCAAAACUCCGGGGGUGUCUAAAAACCGGAAAAUAUCCCGGAAACUACUAGGCCCACAAGCGUUUGUCGUAGAGCGGAUGUUAGCUAUUUUUCACUAUCUGAGAGAAGAUGCGUCAGUGCCACGGAAACAGGAAGGGAGGAGAAGAGACGGGAUGGAGAGAAGGGAGGAUGUUAUUGGGAGUGCGGAUUUGUACAUGGCUAUUGCGACGCUUUCUAGUCUCAGGUUGCUUGUGAAGCUAGGUGCCGCGAAUGCGGGGGAUGCGUUGGAUGGAAGUUCUAGGUAUCGUGUUGCCGUAGGCUGGGAUGUUGUAAGGAGUUUAGGGCGGAGUGUUGGUGUUGAGGUGGAAGAUUACCUUGCUGAUUGA